UCUUUCAAACGAGAGUGUUUGGCAAGAGCAAUCGUGAUGUACGGAGAAAUGACUUUUAGCGGAAAUGGAUUUAGAUAACAAAGUGCAAGUGAGAUGUUCUAUUAUCAGUUGUGUAAACAAGUAGUAAGGAUGUGAGACACGUAGCGGUAUUUUCAGAAUCAUAUUUCCAAUAUGCCUUGAGAUUUUUUAAAAAAGAGGAGGAGCAAAAAAAGAAAAAAAGCCAUGGAUACGGUUGUUGAUGAAUUAUCUCUCUCUCUGUCAAAUGUAGUUAAAUGGAUUGCUAUAGGAGCAAUAGUGUUUGGUGGCAUAGUGCCAUAUAUUCCACAGUACAAGGAAAUAAAACGAACAGAAGAUACAGAAGGGUUUUCAUUAUUUGUAUGUCUCACAUUGCUAAUUGCUAAUACACUGAGGAUAUUUUUCUGGUUUGGAAAGCAAUAUGAACUACCACUACUUAUUCAAAGUAUAAUAAUGAACAUAACCAUGCUCGCAAUGGUUCAUCUUUGUGUCAAUAUCAGGAACAAGAAUCAGAUAAUCCGCAGUAAGGACAAGGUGUUUUCAGAAGUGAGCAGCAAGGAUGACACAAGUGGAAGGUCUCACAAGAGUAAUAAGCAGCGGUUUCCAGUGCACACCUUCCGUGACUUUGAUUUACAAUACUUCUGGGCUUGGACAGACUUCAUUUCGUAUAUAGAUUUUCUCAUAGUUUUUCACAUAGCCUGUGGCAUAGUUAUGUACCUUUUUAUUGACGUGCCAUUAUUUGUGGAAUUGGUUGGAUUCCUAGCAGUACUUUUUGAAGCAAUGCUUGGUGUCCCACAAUUAAAAAAAAAUUACCAGAACAAGUCUACACUGGGCAUGAGCGUGCAAAUGGUUCUAAUGUGGACAACAGGAGAUAUCUUCAAAACAAUAUAUUUUUUGGUAAGGCAAGCUCCUCCACAAUUCUGGAUUUGUGGAGUUUUACAGAUUCUCAUCGACAUUGGUAUAUUGACACAGGUUUAUUGGUACCGCAAUAGCUCUGGUGUUAGAGCUAAAAAGCAGGAUAUGCCAGACUAAUAAAAUAGCAUUUAUGUGAUCAACUGUGUUGUGAUUUUGCAUUACUGAUGUAAAUACAGAAUGUUUUGUAGUUUGUGCAUUUAAUUGUUGGUCUUUUAUGAAAAAAAUAUUGUUUCAGUAUUUUGUAUUAAUGAGAACUGUAACAACUAUUAUAUAGUGAUUGUGUGUGUGUGUGUGUGUGUGUGUGUGUGUGUGUGUGUGUGUG